AUGGCGGCGGAGCGGGGAGCGGGGCUGCGCAUCUUCAGCGAUGUGAGUGCGGGCACGGAAACCAUCCUUCGCACCGGGCACCUGCGAGCGUUUGGGGAGGGGGCACCUGAAAAAAUUGACCCUGUUCUUUCUGUCACUCUUUUUGUUUAGAUAUUAAGAAGGGCAGACAAGAAUGAUGAUGGAAAACUGUCUUUUGAUGAAUUCAAAGCUUACUUUGCUGAUGGAGUUCUGAAUGGAGAAGAGCUGCAUGAACGUUUUUGCACCAUUGAUACACACAAUACUGACAAUCUUGACACAGAAAAACUCUGUGAUUAUUUUUCAAAGCACCUAGGAAAGUAUGAAAAUGUUCUAUCUGUCUUGGAAGACUUAAACAUAACCAUACUGAAGCCAAUGGACAAAACAAAGAAAGACUCUCAGGAGGCUUCCAGGUUGGAGGAGUUUGUGACUCGCUUUCUUUUGAAGGAGACCCUGAACCAGCUGCAGUCCCUGCAGAGCUCCCUGGAGUGUGCCAUGGAAAGCACAGAGGAGCAGAGCUGGCAGGAGAGAAAAGAUCCAACAAAAGCAGAGGUGCUCUCAGUUCAGUGGCCAGGAAAACGCUCAGCUCAAAGGCUUCAGAGGAACAACAGCCUGUCAUCAAAUAACACUUAUUCUAGCACAGGUUGGAUUGAAGAAGACAGCCAAUGGGUGAUCCAGAUAAACAGACUCCAGAAGAUAAUUGAUAGACUGGAAAAGAAGGACCUAAAGCUUGAGGCACUUGAAGAGGAAGUUUUGGAAGAAAAUGCAAGAUCUCACAUAAUGAUUGUUCAGCACCAAAUGUCUGUGAAAGAAGAAAAAGUGGAGGAAUUCCAUCUUGCUGUGAAGCAGUACCUGGAAUCUGUUUCUGCUCAAGGUGGCUGCUUGCGUGUUUCCAUACAGAAGAUUCCAAGUAAUUUCCACUUCAUUGUUUAUGAGUUCUGGGAAAACAGCAAUGCCUGGAAUAGCCACCUUCAAAUGAAUUACAGCAAGACAUUCCAGAGAAGUAAUGUGGAUUUCUUGGAAACUCCAGAGCUCAUCACAACAAUGUUAGUCCCUGCAUCAUGGUGGAUCCUCAAUAACAACUAG